ACUGGUAAUGGCUAGUUGCACUCGUGUUCGGGGAUUGGACGAGCAGGCUUUCGAUGUCGCAGGAGCAGCUACUAAAUGACGAAGUAAUCAUCUUAAGGGUGUCAUAGCUUUUAGAUUGCGAGACAGCGGCCAUGAUACCGGCUCUCUGGACGUACUACCAGGAAGAAUGAUCGUUCAUCGGUAUUGGUCAGAACACCCACCCGUUCCCUUCAGAAUGUCACUGGAUACGGUUGACUUCCUGUCCCACAUAUUAACUAACCGGAGGUCCUGCCAUACCGUUACCAAUUUUCACAAGGUCAAUAUUCAAGAGAUUAUAACACUGUGCGAGAAUUUCAGCAGGUACAACAGCUUCCUGGAUUGUUACGAUCCGCGCGAUCAAAUCUUUGUCCUUCUGGCAAUUUCAUCCGACGUCGCCGACCGUAUAGUUCCUGGCUACUCCGAAGAAUGUACCAUGGAAACCUUUUUCCAAAAGCUUCUUGAGGGCAGCAUGAGCUUGCUCCCAUUGGCUAUGGCUGCUGCAGGGAACGACCUGACACGAGUUGAAUGCGCAUCUUGGACCUACCAAGAACGUUCGCCAAAAUACACUGAAUUGCCAGCGCGGACAAGGCAGCAAAUGGAGGUGUUCCUUCAACUAGCAGAUCUUGUCGAUCCUGAUGACUACAUGGCGAGGCACUAUAACGUAAGAUUUCCUGGCCUAGACUUGCUCGAUAGAGGACGAACACCCAGCGUUACAAAAAACAAACGCCCCCGCAACGGGAUGAUCGAAGUGCUGGAGGGCGACGUCAUCGUGGCCUUGCAGGGAGCAGACAGUUUGUUCGUCCUACGAUCCGCUGGUUCCAAGUACCGGCUUGUCGGCGAUGCGUGGGUGGACGGCUUGAUGAACAGCGAAGCUUAUCAAGGCCUGGGCUCGGAUCAAGUCGAUGUCGACAUCGAUAUUAUCUAG